CCACCAAAAUAGAAUAAAUAGUGGAUUGGUUAAUCGUUUCUAUGGCAGUUUAAAGUAUUUGCGAAACAUGAAAAACUUAAAACAGCUUGGCAUAGGUAACACUAAUAUUGAUUCUGGUUUAGAGUAUUUAGCUGAAAGUGAUGAUUUUCUUGGCAAGAAAAAAGAAGAAUUGGUAACCCUAGCUAACUCUAUCAAAGAAAAACUUGAUAGGUCUCUACACGGUUAUUUAGAAAUAUUUUUAGACGCUCAAACCGGAAGUAAUGCUAUUGAAAUAAUUAAAAAAAGUUUGCAUAAUAAGACAGAUGAAAAAGAAUUAAAUCAAUUAUCUGCUAUAAAAGCAGAAAUAAUUCAAUUAGAAAAGCAAUUAACUAAUCUCCAAAAUCAAAGCCAACAACAAAUUCAAGUUGCUCAAAUUAUCCAAAAGAGUUUAGCGGCCUAUCAAGCACAAGAAAUUAGCCUUAAUCCUAGUGAACGAGAUAAAUUUGCUCCCAAAAGAGAAAUCACCGUGCGAUUUAGCCUUAACCCUGAUUUAUUGAACUUUUAUUAUUCUUUACCAGCGGGACAAAGAACCGCCAUCGUUGAAGAAAGUUUAAGGCAAGAAAAACGAAAUCGCUCCGAUGAGUUUUCUCAAAAACAAGAAUACCAAAAAUAUUUAGAAGAGUUAUCUUUACCAGAAAAUACCACUCCCUUAGAACAAGCCAAAUACGAAAUUUGUCGGCAAGUAGUAAGUUAUAAAUUAGAUACUAAAAUUAGCACCGAAGAAUUAGCUCAAAAAAUCCAAUUAAGCAAAGCGGAGACGGAGGAUAUUUUAUAUUACCGCAUUGAUUACUUUACUUUGGAUAGACUAAUGGACUAUACUAAUAAAUUAUUUUCCCCCUGUGAAGUAAAAAUCACCAUUGAAAAAAAAGAACUUGGCAAAAACACUCAUGCCCGAGUUAUUUAA